CGCAUGCGCACUGAUCGAGAUGUGAUGGAGGUUUGUCAAGAGCAGCAUCUUCUCUUAGCACAAAACAUCUUCACGAAGGUUUAGGGCACAUAUUAAGGUUUAUUUCGACGGAGUAGGACUUGAAGACAGGCAGUCAAGAUGGCGUCUGACACGCCAACGUCUAAGGGGAUUAUGACAUUUUAUCCCACAAUUGAGGAGUUCAAAAACUUCAGUAGCUACAUUGCAUACGUGGAAUCCCAAGGUGCACACAAGGCAGGCCUGGCCAAGAUCGUCCCCCCGAAAAGCUGGAAGCCUCGGCGUUCAUACGAUGACAUUGAUGACCUGUUAAUACCUGCACCGAUUCAGCAGGUUGUGACAGGGCAGUCAGGGCUGUUCACCCAAUACAACAUCCAGAAAAAAGCCAUGACCUUAAAAGAGUUUCGCAGAACUGCAAACAGUGACAAGUUUUGCAGCCCACGAUAUGAUGAUUUUGAAGAGCUUGAAAGAAAGUACUGGAAAAACGUAACAUUCAACCCUCCCAUUUACGGAGCUGAUGUGAAUGGAAGUCUUUAUGACCCGGAUGUGAAAGAAUGGAACGUGGGACGCUUGAAUACCAUACUAGACACUGUGGAGCACGAGAGUGGUAUCACUAUUGAGGGAGUAAACACGCCCUACCUCUACUUUGGCAUGUGGAAAACCACUUUUGCUUGGCAUACAGAGGACAUGGAUCUCUACAGCAUUAAUUACUUGCACUUCGGGGAGCCAAAGUCCUGGUACUGUGUUCCUCCAGAGCAUGGAAAAAGACUGGAGCGCUUAGCCAAAGGAUUUUUUCCUGGAAGUUCACAAAACUGUGAAGCAUUUCUUCGACACAAGAUGACUCUUAUUUCCCCUUCCAUUUUGAAGAAGUAUGGUAUUCCGUUUGAAAAGAUCACUCAGGAGGCUGGAGAAUUUAUGGUGACUUUCCCAUACAGCUACCACGCAGGCUUCAACCAUGGUUUUAACUGUGCUGAAUCUACAAACUUUGCCACAAGACGAUGGGUCGACUAUGGAAAACAAGCCAUUCUGUGUUCUUGUAGGAAAGACAUGGUGAAGAUUUCCAUGGAUGUGUUUGUAAAGAAGUUUCAGCCUGAGCGGUACAAGCUUUGGUUGGCGGGGAAGGAUAAUGCUCCCAUUGACCACUCCAAGGCCACGCCCGAGGCUGCUGAGUUUUUAGGUGGAGAAGCUGGAAAGAGUGGCACUCAGGAACUCGAGAACCCAAGUAGUGAAGGCCAAAAGAAGAGCCCAGCCAAACAGAGGAUAGGAACAAAAAGGCACAGAGUAUGUCUGGAUUUACCAGAGGAAGUUCUUCCAAAGACUGAAAUGAAUGACGAGGAUGAUGACUAUGGCAAAAAGGGCCGAUAUGGAGAUGACAAAGAUCUCCGGCUACUUCCAGUUAUCCAAAGCACUACAUCUGCAGAGCACAUCAAGAACGCAAGCUACGGAGCAGCUACCUCCAUUUCUAAAACUACUGCCCCGUCCGUAGGCUCUCCACAGCCCUUUCCAAAACACAAUCUAUGCAUCGCAUCUCUUCCUACCGUUCCUCACUCCCUGUCAGCCAUGCCACGGGUUUCCUCCAAACCAGGUGUGGCCAGCCUUCUCUUUCAUCGGACCCUGAGCACUUCAGAUGCUUUGCAGGUCCACAGCUAUGCCGCCAGAUCUAUUCUCCAUAAAUCUCAACAUCCUAGCACAGUGAAGCCUAGAGAAGACCUCAGAGAACCAGACAUCAAACCAGAUGUGAUGCAAAACUCUCACGUGCCAGAACCGAACACUGUAGAGAAUGAAAUGGAGGGUGAAAAAGAGAAUAAGAGCAUGAAGAGGAAACUGCAGCCGCUCAGCAAGCUGCCGAGCCUUCAUCCCCUCCUCCGAGAGAACUCCAGUGAUGAUGACAUCCAGGAGCCAACACCUGAGCCUGACGAAACAGAUCCCUGGGCGAGAUUUCUGGCUCCCAUGUGGCAAAGCAAACCACGCGACUUUAGAGUUGAGAAGGAUUUCAACUUUCGCAUGGGCCAGCAGUCUCCGUACUGUGCAGUGUGCACCCUCUUUCACACAUAUGAAGAGAGCGACAUCAUCAGCCUGAGUCAGAGCAGUUGUGCUGGUGAUGGAAGAGACAAGCAGAGGUCUAAACCACUGAUUCCAGACAUGUGCUUUAACAGCUGCUCUGAGGGACAUCUGUCCACCCCUCAUCUGGAGCAAGAUGGCACCAGCCGACUAGUCAGCUGCUCUGUGUGCAGUGUGCGCGUACAUACCAGUUGUUACGGUGUGUCUCUGGACACAAACCUGGACGACUGGAGGUGUUCCCGCUGUGAAGCUAACGCCAUAACUCAGGACUGCUGUUUAUGUUCUCUGAGAGGAGGAGCGCUGCAGAAAGCCAACAAUGACAAGUGGGUUCACGUGUUAUGCGCUGUGGCCGUGCAGGAGGCUCGCUUCGUGAACAUUACAGAGCGCAGACCAGUCGACCUCAGUAAUAUACCGCUGCAGAGGUUUAAGCUGAAAUGUCAGUACUGUCGUAAGUGGGUUAAAAAAAGUGCAGGCUGCUGCGUGCAGUGCUCGCAUGGUCGCUGCUCCACUUCUUUUCACGCCACCUGCGCACAGGCUGCAGGAGUUCAGAUGCACCCAGAUGAUUGGCCCUUCGUCGUCUACUUCACCUGCUGGAGACACAAGGGUGGCAUCCAAGUGGAGCGCAACAGGACGUCUAUGCGAGAGCUGGAGAAUGGACAGAAAGUUAUCUGCAAGCACAAAAACGGCCGAUAUUACCACUGUGAGGUGGUCGAGCUGACCACAGCCACCUUCUACGAGGUCAUCUUCGAUGAUGGCUCAUUUAGCGACAACCUGUUCCCUGAGGAUAUAGUGAACAGGGACUGUCAGCAGCUUGGCCCUCCAUCGGAGGGUGAUGUAGUUCAGGUGCGCUGGACAGAUGGCCUGAUUUAUGGAGCCAAAUUCGUGGCUGCCCAUAUCAUCCCAAUGUACCAGGUGGAGUUUGAGGAUGAUUCUCAGCUUACUGUAAAGAGGGAAGAGCUGUACAGUUUAGAAGAAGAGCUGCCCAAACGUGUGAAAACUCGCCUGUCUGUGGCAUCGGACAUGCGCUUCAAAGGAGUGUUUGUAGAGAAGGAGGUAAAGCAAGACUCGAAAAGACAGCGAGUGAUCAACUCUCGCUACCGGGAGGAUUACAUCGAACCAGUCAUCUACAGGGCCAUCAUGGAGUAAUUUACUCCCCACAAACUGCACGGUCAACACGCAUAUCACUAACAAUACGACAAACAGGCCGGACCGGGUGCUUUGAUGUUUUAAGUGGACAAACAGAAGGUCAUGCUAUCGGACAACUGGAAAUACACAUCCACCACUGAGUCUAUUGUUUUAAAAACGUCAAGAUCAAAUUUUAGACCUUCAGGCAGAGUACGAAUUUUUGCUGGUGUUCUUACUGUGAAGAAUAAUAUCUUCAGCCAUCAAAGGCACAGAUGAGAAAUAUUAACAGGAUUAAACAGAACAGGCAUGUCUUGUGUAAGAAUGUUUGUUUGUUCUGACAGCACACAACUGGCUCAUGCUCAGUAGGAGGGUUGGACAGCUCUUUGACUCCCACUAUCUUCAGUCAGAUGGUGGUAAUGUUUUUAAUUACAUCCCUCCAGACCCACUGGCUGACUGCACACAAACAGACCUUUAAACCAUCGGAUGGAUCAUGGUCGUUUUGGACGUGCCGUCCGGCUGACCUCUUUGAGUGGGUCGUCGAAGUGCUUCGCAAUAUCUCAUGGAUGAAUCUAGUCUUUAUUAGUAUGAGCAGCUCUUUGUGUGAUCUACUGUAAAGAUGAGACAUUAUAGAAAACUUUAGCUUUAUACUUUCACAUUUAGAUCGGGAUUCUGUUUUAUUUAUAUUUCUGUCAAAGUGCAAGGAAUGACAGUUUCUAACUGCAUAUUAGUUUAAGUAACUUGUAAAAAGAUGUAUUUAUAUGUGUUAAAGCAAAACAUUCUCUACUUUUUCUACUAUUUAGUUGCAUUUCUAUGCCAACACAGGUGAGGGUUACUUGGACCGAUCGUGGUCAAGCUAGUGCAUUUAUCAACGGGUUUCUCUUUCUUUUAAUUGCAAGUUGAAUUGUUCCUAGGGCAGGGAAGGCAACCUCUUCAACCACUUCAUUUCAAGUGAACUUUGAAGGGUGCCUCAUUUGAAUCAUCUACAUUAAAAAUAAAUUUUGUGAAGAAUUCUUUAGCAUUGUAUAGCAUUCACAUUCACAGACCCUUGUUUUGUGUAGUAGGCAUUAAAAUUCUUGGUCUCUUCAUUUAAAAACUAAGAACUUUAUUUUUAAAUUAAAAAAAAAUGUCUCCUCCUUGUGAA